CAUCGCGUUCCGUGUGCGGAGACGAGUUCAGACAUCCGAGGAAAAAUGAAUGGUGUACCCAGUGAGAAACCCGUCGGCGGCUCGCAGCUGUUCACCUGCGCCCACGCGGACUGCGGCGCGACUUUCACCAGACAGUGGAAACAGAAGGAGCACGAGACGGUGCACACCGGAGCGCGUCCGUGUCUCUGUACAAUUGCCGGCUGCAGUCGUCGUUUCUCGCGAACGUCUCACCUGAGCCGCCACAUGCUUCAGCACAGAGGAGUCAAGCAAUUCCAAUGCAAAGUUGCGAGCUGCACGCAGAGUUUCUUCCACGCCGGCAAUCUGAAAAGACACGUGGGCUACGUCCACGGAGACAAAAACGAGUAUUUCAAGUGCAACCAGCCAAACUGCUCAUUGACCUUCAAAAAACGCAGAGUGUUUAAAAUGCACUUGCAGGAGCAUCAAGUGCCUGUUAAGUCAAAGUGUUCGAAGGCUGGAUGCACCGCCACGUUCGACUCCCAUAUCACCCGCAAAGCCCAUGAGAAGAAGCAUGCAGGUUACCGCUGCCCUCAUGUUAACUGCCAGGUGUUUGAACACACCUGGGGUAAAAUUAAGAAGCACAUGGUCAAACAUCAAGCCACGUUCACAUGCCAAGCAUGUAAGAAGGUGUUUAAGAAAGCGACUUCUCUGCGGCGGCACAAACGGAUCCACGCUUCCCAUAAGCCCGUGCUGGUUUGUCCCAGAGACGACUGCCAGGCCUACUUCUCCACAACCUUUAACCUGCAGCACCACAUCCGAAAGGUGCACCUCGAGCUUCUCAAAUACAGAUGCUCCUUCCCCGACUGCCCACGUGUGUUUGCUAUGCGGGAAAGUAUGAACAGACACCUGCUUUGCCAUGACCCAAGCACCACCCUGAAGAAACGUCAACGGCCAAAGAAGACCUGGCAGAAGCGUUUGGUUGGACGCCAUCUGCCCCUUGUGGAGGAGAACUUGCGCAACCUCUUCGCCCUGCGCAUGCGGAUCUCCCGACGUCCCAAAGUGGAAACCAACCUUGCAGGCCUCUUCAAUGAACGCAAGAUCCCUCAUUAUGUUGACCCAGAGGUCAACCUGCGCAAUCUGUUUGGCAUCAAACAGCCCCGCUCUCUGGAGGAGAACCCUGAGGUCCUACCACCUACUCAGUGUUAAGUUUGAAUGUCCUGAAAUUGGUGCAGGCUUUAAGUUUGACUGUUUUUCCUAAAUUUUUGAGAAUUGGGGUCUCUUUGGUUUAAUUUUUUCUAAUGUAGCUGAAGUACAUUAACUAUUUUAAUUUCAAAGUCCUUAUUUGAAUGUCACUUGGCACAUUGAUUAGGCUGUCAAGCUUUUGCAUUCUAGUUCCUUGACAAUAGGUCUUAAUUGAAAUUUAUUUUGUAACAUGAAUU